AUGGCGAAAAGCUCAACAACAAUGGCGUCCUUCAAACCAUUCUUCUUCUUCUUCUUCUUCAGUUCUCUUCUCUAUUUUUCCACUGCCCAAUCUCCGCCUCCACCACCACCUCCCCAAUCUCUAAUUAACGCCGCGGAGACUCUGUCGAACUCCGGCUAUAUUUCAAUGUCACUCACACUUGAGCUCAUUGCUGAUACAGUUAUCUCACGGGCUGCUAAAAAAUCACUUACUGGUUCUGCUCUCACCAUUUUCUCUCCACCCGAUUCGUCUUUCUCCGAUUUCGGUCAGCCUUCACUUUCUCAUAUCCUUCUACAUUUCUCCCCUGUUUCUAUUUCACUCUCUUCACUUCAAUCCCUUCCGUUCUCUUCCAAAAUCCCUUCGUUGUCACCUUCCAGUUCACUUUAUGUUACCAGUGUUGGUUCUGAUUCGCGAGUUUCUAUCAACAAUGUUGAAAUCGUUGGUUCGCCGAUUUAUGAUGAUGGGUAUGUAAUCGUUUUCGGAAUUGAAGAUUUCUUCACCCAGAAUUUCACUCAGCCGGAAACAAAUCGGAACCCGAAUUUCAAAUCGAGCCCUCAAUGUAUCAGGUUGGAUCCAUUUUCUCGGUUUUACGAGGUGUCGUUGAUGUUGAAAUCGAAGGGGUAUUUGAUUAUGUCUUCGUUUUUGGAGUUACAAUUGAUUGGGUUUUUGAAGAAUACGGAGCUGAAAUUGACAGUGUUUGCUCCGAUGGAUGACGCAGUUGUUGGGUUUUCCGGGGAUUUCCCUGUGUAUCAGCAGCUGUUUUUGAGGCAUUUGGUUCCUUGUGUACUGUACUGGACUGAUUUGAAUGAAAUGGUAAAUGGAACUGAGUUUAAGAACUAUGUUAAUGGGUUGAGUUUGACGAUAACGAAGGUGAAUGAUGUGAGCUUUGUUAAUGGAGUCGAAAUCACUUACCCGGAUUUGUAUUACAAUGAUUGGGUUGUUGUUCAUGGAUUACAGAGCUUGAUUCCAUUGCCUGAUGAGAUUGAUGGUGAAAUGCAUGAAGAUCCUGUUAAACCCGAGGUUGAUGUUUCUAUCGCCCCUGAUCGUAGUGAAUUCUGAGGUACC